CGGGCUUCAAUUUGGUAUAAAUCGUUUUUUAUUUUAUGUGUCUUUUAGGUCGUGUAUGGGGGGAGAAAAAGGUUAUGUUACACCGUGUAGAUACAGUUGAUGGUAAAACAGCCACGCAACUAAUGUUGCCCAAUACAUUUCUUAACUGCACUGGAAAAUUACGAUUUUUUGAUAAUAAAAACCUAUACAUUGAUACACCAGCUACGUCUGGGUUCAGCGGGGGAUUAUGCUUUCUACAAUCAAACCUAAAUGAAUGGAAAUUUAUAGGUAUAUUAUUAGGAACAACGAAAUUAUGGAAUUAUUGUAUAUCAUUAGCAGCAUCAUCAACCUAUAAUUCAUAUUAUGAACUGUUUGUAAGUUCAAAACAAAUUAGAACAAUCAAACAAGAAUAUACACUUCGUCGUUUAUCAACACGCCUUAUUCUAAUAACAUCGGCAUCAUUAUUAACAUCAACGGUGACGUGCACAACUCAAAAUAUAUUUGUUUUAACUUAUAUGUGUGGAGUUAUAGCCAUGACCAUUGAAGAUGGUGUAGCAUUGUAUUAUCGAUUUCGUGGUGAAUGGAGGGAAUUUCGUUGGUUUUCAUCGUCCAUUCUCGUCUUUAUUGUCACUACAACACCAACAUUGUCUAUUUUAAAAUCACAUCAACUUCAUUUGUACACACAAAUUGAAUAUAUGGGAAUAAACACAUUUAUAAAAAAGAAUUUUUCAGAGCGUUUUGAAUAUGUAAAAGGUAGGCAAGAGAAAAUUAUUUAA